UCUCCAUCUCUCCCGUCCGGCCAUGACUGCUCCUCGAGUUUUCCGCCCCGCAGCUCGCCUGCUCUCUUCGCGCCUUUCGUCGGCCUCGUUCCGUCCGGCCUUCACGCAAUCGGCCUGUGCCCCUUCAAUCCUGCGCUUCCGGGGCUAUGCCACGGCCGGCGGCUCCAAGGAGGUCACCGUGCGAGAUGCCCUGAACGAGGCCCUCGCUGAGGAGCUGGAGAGCAACAAGAAGACGUACAUUCUCGGAGAGGAAGUUGCACAGUACAACGGAGCCUACAAGGUCACAAGGGGCCUGUUGGACCGAUUUGGCCCCAAGCGAGUCAUCGAUACGCCCAUCACGGAAGCCGGCUUUUGCGGUCUGGCAGUCGGUUCCGCUCUUGCUGGGCUACACCCCAUUUGCGAGUUCAUGACCUUCAACUUUGCCAUGCAGGCCAUUGAUCAGAUCAUCAACUCGGCUGCGAAGACUCACUAUAUGUCUGGAGGCAUCCAGCCCUGCAACAUCACGUUCCGUGGGCCCAAUGGAUUCGCCGCUGGUGUCGCUGCCCAGCACUCGCAGGAUUACUCGGCGUGGUAUGGCAGCAUCCCCGGCCUGAAGGUCGUUGCACCCUGGAGCUCUGAGGAUGCCAAGGGCUUGUUGAAGGCUGCUAUCCGUGACCCCAACCCGGUCGUGGUUUUGGAGAACGAGCUUAUGUACGGCCAGGCCUUCCCUAUGAGUGAGGCGUCGCAGAAGGACGACUUCGUUCUGCCCAUUGGCAAGGCGAAGAUCGAGCGUCCCGGCAAGGACCUGACCAUUGUUUCCCUGUCCCGCUGCGUUGGGCAGUCCCUCGACGCCGCGGCCACGCUGAAGCAGAAGUACGGAGUUGAAGCCGAAGUGAUCAACUUGCGCUCCGUUAAGCCCUUGGACGUGGAGACCAUCAUCCAAUCGCUCAAGAAGACCGGCCGACUCAUGUCUGUCGAGUCUGGAUUCCCCAUGUUUGGCGUCUCCUCCGAAAUCUUGGCCCUGUCCAUGGAGUAUGGCUUCGACUACCUGACUGCCCCUGCUCUUCGUGUCACCGGUGCCGAGGUGCCUACUCCUUAUGCCCUUGGUCUCGAGCAGAUGAGUUUCCCUCAAGAGGAUACGAUUGUCGGCCAGGCUGCCAAGCUGCUUCGUUUGUAAUUCGACCUUGACUCGAGCGACAAGCGGGCCAAGUUCAAGCAAGACCUAAAAUAAAACCGACCUGUUUAGUACCCUUUUGACUGUCGCACUCAUCUGUUUUCCCCCAGCCCCCUUUUGAAAUCCCUCGCCAAGGCCUUAUUUUUCCUUUUUAUUUUCCUUUUCCACUUCAUUUUUGGGAAUCUGUACAACUACACUAAAGAAUCAAUUCACAAUUUGCAUCUAUAGAUUCAGGAACGAGGAGUGUUCGCAGAUACUUGGUGAGAGGCAUUUUUGAUACGGUCAUAUGCAAGCACCACACCAAGGAGUUCGCUUCUUGGGGGUGGAUUUGUUUUGUCAUCCAGCAGCCAAUGAUACAUAUGCCGCCAGACGAAUGUCGUCAAGCCAGCAAUUUUACACCGAAGAAA